AUGGUGACAAAAAUUAAUACAGUUUCACAGAAUGUUCACAGUGAUAAUGAAAUUGAUUUGGAUCAAGCUCUGGACAUCGCCGGGUUAGGUUGGUACAACAUUAAAUACAGCUUGGUACUAGCUCUAUUUCUAAUAGCAGCAAUCAUAGAACCUAUCGGAUACUCCUUCAUACUUCCAGCAGCAAAAUGCGAUUUACAAAUGACAGAUUCGCAAAGAGGAGUCAUUGGUUCCAUACCCUAUAUUGGUGUGGUCGUGACUUCAUUUGUUUGGGGUUAUUUAACUGAUACUAGAGGAAGAAAAUAUAUGGUGAUUUACAGUUCAUUAGCAGCAGGAAUAUUCGGCCUAGCAGCAUCUUUCAUGCCCGAGCUUAUUAGUUUUACUCUAUUUAAAUUUUUAUCUUCCUUGUGUAUAGCUUGCCCGGCUGCAGUGCCAUAUAGUUUCAUAGGAGAAAUUUUACCGAAGAGAUACAGAGAUAUAACAUUGUCUAUUACAAACGCGAUGCAAAUUACCGGAUCAGCCAUUGUACCUUUGUUGGCGUGGGGAGUACUACCGCUUGAUUUCCGUUCUGACUUCGGGUUGUAUUAUUACCGCCCGUGGAGACUUUUGGCCGCUUUGUAUUCGACAUUUUUUAUUAUAAGUGCUAUAAUAAUGAGUUUCGGUCCAGAGAGCCCCAAAUAUCUAGUGUCACAAGGAAACCACAAUGAAUCAUUACGAGUACUUCAAACUAUAUAUGCGAAAAAUAAAGGCAAAGAAGCCAGUGACUACCCAGUUAAAAGACUCAAAAUGCCGGAACAGAAAUCAGGCAGUCAAUCUUUCCUACUUUCCCUAAAGGAUCAAUCACUGCCAUUAUUGAAACCACCAUAUUUAAAAUGGAUGUGUCUUAAUGGCUUCUUGUUUUUUGGAAUAUUUGCAACCUUAAACGGACUUUACAUGUGGCUGCCGGACGUUUUAAACCGCGUGUUCUCAGGAAACAGCGUUGGUUUGACGGCUUGUGGCGUUAUAAGGCAGCGAUUAAACGAGACGUCGGGUUCAGUAAAUGAAGAAUGCGAUGACUCCAUUGAUCAAAUAACGUUUAUAAUUAACAUAAUAGCAAACAUAUCGUGCGCGUUGAUCGCGUUAGCCAUCAGUAGUACAGUCAAAUUCUUUGGCAAAAAAGUAUUAUUAAUAGCGGUGUAUAUGAUCAUUGGAGUAUUUUGUAUAUUAAUUAACUUUGUUACCGAAAAUAUGGUAUUCGCCGUACUUCUUUCAUCAGUACCAAUAACUGGCUUGGCUAUUGGACCAGUAAACGCAUACGCAGUGGAAAUCUUUCCUACACAUUUAAGAGGCAUGGCAAUAAGUCUAUCAAUGAUGGUUGGUCGAACUGGUUCCAUAGUCGGCACUAAUGUAGCUGGACUCCUCAUCAAUGCGGCAUGUGAAGUCACUUUUUAUUUGUUCGGAGGUCUUUUAGUGUUGUGCGGUUUCCUAUCCCUUCUGCUUCCAACAUCAAAAUCAAAACCAAAACCAAAGAAGUUGAUGACUGCCCUUUGA